UACAGGAACGAGCUGUGGCUUUGUGAUGGUCGUAGGAAUUCGGUAGUUUGCACUUCUAUUAAAGACCAGUGCCUUGUUUAAACAUUAAUGAAAUAGUCCGUACAUAUAUUUAUUUGAGAAAUAUGCUCUACUCUUCAUUCGUAAACAUUGUGGUGUAAAUAUGUCUCUGAAAACUUUUAAUGUAACAAUGUUUGGUGAUUGUGUAGUGUUGUGCAUGGUUUUAUUAUUUACGUUUGCAGUGAUACAGGAUGUUGGUGCACAACAACUUAAAACUCCCGCAAGCGACUUCAGAAGACACAGAAUCGUUCUGCCGACCGUACACCAUCCGAGGACGAAACGAGAACUCACAACGACAAGGGACACGAACGGUGGACACCACAGGGAGUUGAGGAUGUCUUUGCCCGUUGACGAAGAAGAGUACUUACUGGAACUCAAUCUCAACGAAGAUCUGAUCACGGAUGACCACGUGCUGAGAUACCAGAAAGACGGGAAGAUGAUCGCGCACAAACCAACCAUAGAGGAUAUAGAUCUAUGUCAAUACUCUGGAACUGUGAGGGGGAAGCCGGAUUCAAGAGUGGCCGUUUCUACGUGUCACGGCGUCAGGGGAAUUAUAUACGACGGAGACAGACUGCGGUAUAUCGAGCCCGCUGAAGGGGGCGACAUCCAAUCACAGCACUAUAUGUACGAUCACACGGAUUUACACACGAACUACAACUGCGGGUAUCAUGGUGGUGUGACCAACAACAGUAAUUACGACCCCGAGCUGUAUCACAAAUACCAAAAGGGCGAGGAGUUGAGCCGGACUAGAGUUGCCAGGUACAAAAGGAGCACUGACGACAAUCAAGUACGCGAGCCCUUCAACGCGAACACGCUGUCGCGUUACGUGGAGCUUGUCCUCGUCGUCGACAACAAGGAGUUCAAAGCGAACCACGGAAACCUGCGAGCUGUGUACCAACAGAUAAAGGACGUGGCGAACAUCAUUAACUCUGUCUAUGCUCCACUGAACAUAUUCAUAGCUCUAGUCGGAGUAGAGGUUUGGACGGAAAGAGACGAAAUACAAUUAGAGGAGGACGGCGAUGAAACGUUGAAGCAUUUCUUGCACUACCGGAGAACGACUCUACUAAGAGAAGUGCCCAAUGACAACGCGCAUUUGUUAACUCGGCAGGCGUUCAAAGACGGCGUCGUCGGUAAAGCGCUAAAAGGGCCGAUAUGUACGUACGAGUUCUCCGGCGGCGUGGCCACGAAUCACUCUGAGGUGCUGGGCCUGGUGGCCACGACCAUAGCCCACGAGAUGGGCCACAACUUCGGCAUGGAGCACGACACGGAGGAGCACUGCGAGUGUCCAGACGAGAAGUGUAUCAUGAGUCCGUCCAGCACUUCGGUAAUCCCGGUCCGGUGGUCGUCGUGCAGCCUCAAGUCGCUGGCGCUCUCUUUCGAACGAGGAAUGGACUACUGUCUGAGGAACAAGCCUCGUCGUUUAUUCCAAUCUCCGACGUGCGGCAACGGCUUCAUCGAGCCCGGCGAGCAGUGCGACUGCGGGAUGACGCCGGACCGGAGCGGCAGGAGCGACUGCCACCGCUGCUGCCACCCCACGACGUGCAUGCUGCGUGCCAAUGCGACGUGCGGCGCGGGGACCUGCUGCGAUCUGCAGACUUGCCGACCCAAGUCAGCGGGGACGGUGUGUCGGAGAUCGGAGAAGGAGUGCGACCUCCCGGAGUACUGCACCGGGCAGUCCGAGUUCUGUCCGGACGACGUUUACAAGAUGGACACCAUACCGUGCAACCAUGGACAGGCGUACUGCGUGAAGGGCUCUUGCCGCUCGCACACGGACCAGUGCCGGCUGCUGUGGGGCGUCACCGGGGAGAGCUCGCACGACAAGUGCUACAUGUCAGCCAACGUCAAAGGGAACAAGAACGGCAACUGCGGCUACAUCCGCCCCGCCCAGCGGUACGUGCCGUGCGCUUACGAGGACGCGCGCUGCGGCCUGCUGCAGUGCAGACACCUCAAUGAGAAGCUGGAGUUCGGCAUGGACUCGGUGGCGGCCGUCUCGGCGGUUUUCAUCAACAAUAACGGUACGAUAAUACCGUGCCGGACGGCCAUCAUCGAUUUGGGACUGGGAGACGUUGAUCCCGGCCUCGUGCCCGACGGAGCCGCCUGCGGGGAGCACAAGAUGUGCUUGAAACAAAGGUGCGUGUCCGUUGAGUCCGUCCGGGAGACGAUAGUCAACAAGCACUCGUCGAUCUGCCCGUCCAACUGUUCCGGGCACGGCGUCUGUAACUCCGAGGGUCACUGUCACUGUGAAGCCGGGUUCGCGCCGCCACUGUGUGCCUUGCCCGGCCCUGGUGGCUCCGUGGACUCCGGUCCGGCCACCGACCCGACCAUCCAAAGGAACUUCAUGGUCGCGAUGUACGUGAUCUUCCUCGGCAUCAUACCGUCGGUUCUGCUCGUCAUGUUCCUCGUGUACUACUCGAGACACAACGUGCUGUACUGGUGGAAGAAACCACGGAAAUCGUCUCCGUCACCGAAGAAAGCGAGCCUCCAGCACCGGAUAUCGCGGAGUGCAAGCAAAUUCGCAGCCAAUUUCCAGAACGGCCCCCAGAACGGUGCCCAGCCCGUCGUGAACACGCUUUCGAACCCGGACGACAUGAGCUCUAGCCUCUUGAGAAGCGACUCCGACAGGAACCCAUCAGGUAACAUCAACCCGUCAGUCAAUUUCUUCGGAAACUUCAAGGGUUUCACGUUAACGCCCAUAGAAAAGACUCAAGACGCCACCGACAAGAGCGAGGCUGACGCGAAGACUGCCAAGACUGCUAUGGAAUCUAAAAGCGCAAAGAUCACGCCGGUACAUCGCAGCAGUAGCAACAGUCAGAGCUUAAUGAAUCAAGGAGCUUUGAAGUCCACGUUACGAGCAGCCCCGCCCCUACCCGUCGUGCCGGCUGCGGCGAAAACCAGUCCGGCAACAAGCCCGGCCGUCAAAAGAACGAACAGUUCGGUACAAAACAGGAUAAAAGCUUUGAUGACCGCAGAGAAACCGGAGGAAACUCCUGUUAAUCCACCGUCCCGGCCAGUCAUAUCCAGUCCUAUACUGGAAGCUUCCACUUGUACUGCGAAAGAAUUGAUAUCUCCGCUGCAGGGAUCCAAAACUUUAGGUCCGAUAAGGGCAGCGCCUACAGUGCCGAGCGCGUCACCAGACUUCCCUACAAGGCCGUUAAGUAUGCACUCGGCCAGCAGCGUGCUCCAAAAACCUUUACCGGAAGAGCCUAAAAGGGUCAAAGAAGGAAUAUCGCUAAACCGCAUCGCCUCAUUCUUGAAACAAGACAAGCCUAAAGAAAAAGAACGGAAUCCCGUAGAGAGAAGUCACUCUCUGCCCAAAAACCAGAACCAUCAGAUUAAAGUGGCUCUAAGGAAUUUACAAAUCUCGAAGCCUAUUCCGCAGACAGAGAUCGAAUUGCCAGUCGGUGCUGUUUCCGUUGUCUCCGACUCUGAAGACGAAGACUCUAAAGCAUUCGUGAACAGAGCUCAAAGCAUGAGAGCCCCGCAGGCUCAAAAGCCGACUAUACAAAGUUUUGGUUCAAUGAGGCAGGCGCCCGGGGUUCAACGACCUGUCUCGAUAGUGGGCAGGCCGACCGCACCGCCGCCACCAUUGCCACCGCAAACCGAACCCAACGCCAAUCAAACUAACUUCCCCAUUGAAAACAAAUCUGUAGACUACGUUGAUUGCAUUGAAGAGAAGCAGGCUCCUCUAGCCGAUAUAAACGAAGAGUCUCCCGAUAAUAUAUACGCGAUCAUCGAAGAAAGUCCCGAGAGUCUUUCGAAGCCAAUACCGCCUCCCACUUCGACCAGACCGCAGCCGAACUCCGGAAGUUCGGAGAGCAUGGGCUUACUGGGAGAGAUAGUUAACGAAAUACAAAACCGGAAUCUCGAAUCGAUAUAUUCGGUUUCGACACUGAAACGGAAGCAGAAGGAUCGAAAAGAGAAGGAGGGCUCUAAUCGAGACAGCACGUACACGAACUCAGAGCACUACAAGACGCCUGAGAGCGUGUACAGUAACUCCGGAGCGAAGUCGACAGUUUCGACAACAAGCAGCGGGUAUCUACUGCCGUCAGCUGUGAACGUACCGAAUUUUGUAACCAAAGAUACAGGAGAGGUCACCGACAGUGAGAAAGCACCUCCCUCGCCCACUCUGAAGGGAGGGCCAAACUCGAAAAUCCCUACAUUCUCGCGCCAAGUGACACCACCCGGCUUAAAAACAUUCAGAAACGCAACGCCUUCACCGAAAAGUACCCUGAAGAACGCUCAUUUAUCCACCAAAAUAUCGAACAGUCCAGAUUUAGUUUCGAGCUGUAACGUACCAGAGACAAAGAACAAGACUCCAGAUGUAAUCAACAAUAAUAAAAUACCAAACGAAGCGCCUAAAGUUGCGGCGAAGCCCGCGGUGACGGCCAAACCAGUUGACAACAGACCGCCUCUAAAACAAGGCCCGAACGCAGACAAAAAACUCUCGGCCAAAACAAAUCAGCCAUUGAAACCUGUUAAUUCAUCGUCAAAUUUGAACAAAACCGUAGAAAAGAAUCCGCCCUUGAAUCGUGCCAAUUCUAAACUAGAGAAUAAUGUUAAAUCUAUAGCAGAUAGUUUGAACAAGAAUAAGCCUAAAGUAGUACCUAAGCCCACGACCCUGGUGAACAAAACCGAAUCCACUGUCAAACCAAAUUCCACUAAAUUGACAGCGAAGCCCUCAAAUGUUGCCAGUUUGCAGCAAAAGUUCGAAAAUAGAAAAUCUAUAGGCAAAGAGAUCAAUGUAAGAAAAUAGUAUUUGAAUUUCUAAAGAGUUUAGGUCUUAAUUCGCGUUAUACAUAUUUCUAGUCGACCAUAGUACAUAAAGAAGGACAUUUCGAAAAGUAACAAAUAUUAGUUAUAAAGAUCUGAUAUUGAAAUUGAAUGUAGAAAUAAUGUUUUUUUUUUUAAAUAUUUUGUCAAUGUUUUUUUAUAAUUCUAAAUAUUCACAUUUUGAUGUGAAUUGUUUGCGAUAAGAAAUUACUUAUCAUUUGUGAAAUGACUGAUUUCCCUUGUAAACGAACAUUAAGAUUACAUAUAACAUACUUAAUAUGC